AUGACUGUUCCUGUUAUGGUGCACGGACGUGGUCUCUGUGUGUUUUCCCUUGCGCUGCUCUGUGUGUCCGUCUCCGCCACGGCAGCCGAACAAGCAGUGUCAGUGGAGGCUGCAAGGGCUAACGUUGUAACUGCUAGGAAGGCAAAAAAGACGGCGAAGGAUGCAGCUGAGAAGGCAAGAUCCGUUGCUUAUAAUGCUUGGACCGCGGCGGAGAAGGCAAAAAUAACCCAUGCAAUGACUACAGUGGGUGCUAAUUUUACAAGGGAGUUCAUGAAGUUGUUCGGGGAAGUAAGGGUGACUAUUGAAAAGGUCUCGACGCUUGCUGAGCAGGCCAUAAAGGAGGGAGAGCAGAAAGACAGCGAAGGUCAGGCUAAAAUGGUAUGUGAUACAACAAAAAGCCGUAAUUUCAAGGCCCAAGCAAAUGAAGCACUGGACAAUGCCUUGCUGGCAGCGAAGUAUGCUUACACCGCAUAUCUGGUGGAACAGUGGGCUGCGGGGAAUGGCACGGCGGCGGGGCGCCUUGUCGAAAACAUUGCAGUGAAGAGUGUUACGGCAGCAGUGGAGGAGGCCAAGAAAGCAGAAACAGCUGGUCUGGCUGUGUCGAAUAUUGCUGAGGAUACGUUGCGUUCGGUCAAGGCCACAGCUCAGGCAGCCAGGCAGGCGGAGGAACGGCUAGAUGUGAACGAUGGUGCUUGCGACAUUAAAACAGUAACAGCAACUAUGCUUGCAGCUUCGUUUGCCCGAAAUGCGACGGCAAACGCCACUGAAGCGAUUAAAAUGGCCACAAAUAUGCUUGAGCUCGCUACGAAAGCAGAAGCGGCUGCUAAGAGGGCGAAGAAAGAUGCUCAAGAUGAGUUUCUGGCUGCAAGGAAACUAUAUACAAAGGCCGUAGAAUUGUUUAAUAAAACUCAGAAAGAAGUAACCACCGCAAUUGAGGCCAAAAAAAAGGUUAAAGCAGAGACGCAGCGACAGGAGGAGUUGUUGAAAGCCAUUGAGGAUGCAAGGAAGAAGGAGCAACAGGCGCUAGAUGAGGCUGCGAAGGUAGCCAGCUCACGCAGUGAACUAGUUAACGAAAGAGGGAAUUCCUCUGGGAGUAACACGUCAACGACGGAGACUCUUCCUGAAGCAGUGGCACAUGUUGGGAAGAAAGAGAAGGAAGCUUCAAAACCUCUACCUCAUGACCCUGCUGCUGAACCACGUACCGAAGAGAUACACCAAGAUUUACACGACACCGAUCCUGAAGUGAAUCAAAAAAGCGAUAAUCUUCCUAUUGAUCAUCACAUUGAGGAGGAGUUCCCCAAGGCUGCUGUACACGAUGAGUCACCCUCUCACCCAGUUGCCUUGGAAGCCCCCAGUGCAGUUGAUGAAGUCCCAC